AACAAGAGUUAGAUAUGCCCGAUCUGGCAAUGCUUUGAUUUGUACACACGUGGGUCCACGAAAAUGGCGACUGCUUCGAAAUCCGGUAAACGUCGCCUUGAAAUCGUGGAAAAUAAUGGAAAUUCUGCAGAAUUGGACGAUAUUAUAGAAGCACAAGUCUCGGAUAAUGCCGAUGACAGCACUGAUGAAGAAUCAAGUGAAUAUUCAGGUUUAGAAGAUGACGAGGAAGAUGAUAGUGGUGACGAAGUAGAUGAAUCCUGGGAUGAAGCAAGUGACGAGGACGAAGAGGAUGAUGAUGAAGAACAAGAUAUGAGUACUAAUGAAGACAGUGAAGAUGAUUCCGAUGAUAAAGUGGCACCUAAUGCUGUUCCCAUUGAACAAGUUGGGUCCUCUGCACCUAUUGAAGAACCAGCUAAACCAGCAGAGGAUGAGUAUGCAUAUGAUUCUUCAGAUGAGGAGGACUUAAGAAACACUGUGGGGAACAUUCCAAUGAACUGGUAUGAUGAAUACCCCCACAUUGGUUAUGAUUUGGAAGGCAAACCCAUCCUCAAACCUAAGCGGGGAGAUGAAAUUGACAACUUCUUGCGUAAAAUGGAGAACCCAGAGUCAUGGCGGACAGUAUAUGAUCCACAGACUGGUCAAGAUGUCAUCCUUAGUAAUGAAGAUGUGGAACUUAUUAAAAAUGUGAUGGGCAGUAGAAUACCAGAUGGUAGCUACAAUCCUUAUGAACCAUGGGUUGAUUGGUUCACCAAAGAUGUCAUGGAAACACCUGUUACUGGUAGACCAGAACACAAAAGAUCUUUUGUUCCCUCAAGAAUUGAAGCCAUCAAAGUCGGUCGGAUGGUACAUGCCAUAAAAAUGGGUUGGAUGAAACCUCGUGUGCCCAAAGACCAGUCUGUUGAGCGACACAAGUAUUAUCUGCUUUGGGAUGCUGAUGACAAGGCGGAGGAUCUUCGCCGUAUCGAAAACCCCAUCCCGGCCCCCAAACCUCGUCUUCCGGGUCACGCAGAGUCGUACAAUCCACCUCCAGAAUACACCUUCUCUCAAAGAGAUAUCGCGCAGUGGAAUCGUUUAUCAGAGACCCCUUAUCAACGCAAAUUUCCCUUUGUUCCAAAGCGAUUUAGCUCGCUGAGGGCAGUUCCAGCUUACGACAGAUUCGCUCGUGAACGCUUUGUUCGUUGCCUGGAUCUGUACUUGUGUCCACGUGCAAAGAAGAUGCGUUUGACUAUCCAACCGGAAGACCUUGUUCCGCAGUUACCCAAACCGCGAGAUCUUCAACCGUUCCCUACCGUUUGUUCUAUGAUUUUCAAGGGACACAAAGGUCUUGUUCGUACUAUCAGCCACGAUCCAUCAGGACAGUUCCUUUUAUCUGGUUCGGAUGACCAAACUAUCAAAGUAUGGGAGGUUGCUACAGGUCGUUGUUUUAAGACUUUCGAAGUAAAGGGUACGGUUCGUUGCGUUUCGUGGUGUCCGAACUCUGCCAUUGCCUUGGUUGCUGCCGCAGUUGAUAAUAAUGUUUAUUUAAUCAAUCCCGGUGUUGGAGACAGACUUGUUCAAGCUAAAACAGAUGAAAUUCUCAAAGAAAUGCCAGCACAGACAGAUUAUCUUAUUCCCCAAAGAGUUCGUGCUGUUCUUACAUGGAACGAGCCUGACAAGGAUCAGUGGGCUGCCGGGUUCCGUGUUAUUCUCGCACACUUUAAGGCUGUGAAACACGUGGCCUGGCAUUCAAAGGGCGACUAUUUCUCCUCUGUUAUGCCAGAAGGUGACAACCGAUCUGUACUGAUCCAUCAGCUUUCCAGACGCAGAUCACAGUUGCCUUUCAGCAAAUCCAAGGGUCUCGUUCAGUGCACUCUUUUCCACCCGAUCAGACCUUAUCUAUUUGUUGCGACACAACGCCACGUUAGGGUUUACAAUCUUCUGAAGCAAGAACUAACUAAAAAAUUGAUUACGGGAGCUAAAUGGAUUUCAUCGCUUGCAGUUCAUCCAGGUGGAGAUAACGUUCUCGUCGGAACUUACGACCGUCGUCUUUUCUGGUUCGAUUUGGAUUUAUCCACCAAACCGUACCAAGGAUUGAGACAUCACGGCCUAGGAAUUCGCGCUGUGGCUUAUCACAAACGCUACCCACUCUUCGCUUCUGGAUCAGACGAUUGCUCUGCCAUCGUGUCGCAUGGCAUGGUCUACAAUGAUUUGUUGAAGAAUCCAACUAUUGUCCCGCUAAAGAAACUGCGUGGACAUGACAAAUUUGACGAUUUCGGUGUUUUUGAUGUUCUUUUCCACCCAACACAACCUUGGUUGUUUACUAGUGGAGCAGACGGGACGAUUCGAUUGUACACUUAAGACAUUACUCCCUGUGUGCACACGAUUAUUACAUGAAUUCUCCUCAUAAAAAAUGGUUUCUUUUUUAAAGUUAAGGUUGAAAUGGAGACUAAAGUUGUAUUUGUUGAUUAUAAACAUUGUGCAGGAUUGAUAAAUAAGCCAGCAAUUGUAUGAUACUUAAUGAUAAAAUCAUGGCACCAAGAAAGGUCAUUGUUCAUUGUCAGAAUUUAAUAACAGGUCUAAUUGUGGUCUAUUUUCAAUUCCAUGGUCCUCUUGGGAAAUAUUUUUUGUGUGGCGAUACUGGAAGAGUGGACAACUGUGCAACACUAAACAUGGAAAGUCCAAUGCCGGUAACUGCCAUCAGAGUUGCAGUUAAAUGUGGUGGCCAUCCUUCAGGGCGCAAUCUUGAAAACUAAUACAACAAGAUAUGAUGUCAAGAAACUUACGUUCAUUGAACUGAUUAGAAGUAGAAUUACCCCAGUGGUCCAUUUGUAGGCUGUUCUCACAGGGGAAAGGUGAACAAUCAUAGCCUAAACAUCAGAAUCAAAAUGUGUAAAACUCUGGAAAGGUAAGGA